CGUGCCAUCGUCAAGUCUGGAUAUUUUAUUUUUUUUUUAUGGACCUAUCAAAGGUGAAGGACUACUGCCUUUAAUUUGAUCAUCGUCCGAAGAUGCAAAAUUUUUCGAAAAUUUUUCGAAAAUUAGUUAUUGUAUUGAGAAAUUAAAUACUUACUGCAGGAUAAUAGAUAGUCUAGGUUAAAUUAGAUUAAUUGCAAGCAGUGUCAACUAUGGAGUUUCAAUGUCGUAGGGGAUCGGUCGUCUAUAUUGAAAAAGAAGAAGAUGAAGAAUUAUUGAGAAUGUAAGGUAAAGACAAGGUUGUUAGGUUGUGUCCGUAUUAUUCGCGCGCUUCUUCUUCGCCACGUGGCGACAUACAUAUAUCAGGCACGUUGCACAGACCGACCGACCGUCCGUAUUAUUUUGGUACCGGGUAUGCGUAAAAUAUCGUGAAGUGUGAGUAAUAUAGUACGUAGUGUCACGGCGUGCUGCGUGCGCGAAUGUUCGCACGUGUUACUCGUGCUAUCCGUGUUAUUCGGCUCGUAGAGUGUUUUCUUCCUAGACUAUCUAUUUGCUUUUAUCUCUUUCUCUCGUUCCCUUCUCUCUCUCUCUCUCUCUCUCUCUCUUUUCCUCUCUCUAUAUCUAUCCAUCUUUCUCUUUUGCCUUUCGCCUUUUUUUUCGUCUUUGUCUUUUGGCUUCGGCAACUUCGUUGGUCGGAAGCUCCAACAGAAUUUCGUGGAAUUCACGAUCGCGAAUUCGAGAAUGCUCUGGCAAAACCGGUUAUCGUGAGACUCGCGAGGAAGAGGACCUCCAGCAACGACUUCGGAUGGAAGGUAUAGACCGAUUGCGAAGGGCAAGAUAUGUCGACAGCGAGAUACGACGAGGCAGGCGAUCGACUGAUCGACCGAUCGGUGAUCACCCAUGAUCAACAGUGAACUUACGGUUGCGUACUGUUUAUGCUUCUAUGAAGGCGGACGAUCAAUGUAUGCAACUUUGGCUUCGUCCUACUCGAUCUAGGAUAUAACAAGGACGACGACGAAGAAGACGACGAGAACGACGAUGAGCCUUUGUGGAGUUUCCUCAAAUUUUCCCUACUUCGCUAUGUCUAUCACUGCGAACUAUUGAGAAAGAAGAAACAUGUCGGAAGUAAAGACAGAAAGGCCUAGGACCGCCGGUCGGAUAGCACCGACUGGUCGAGUCACUCCAAGCGUUCAUCAAUCGGCCGGAAAUGGAAGAAGGAAGGCUAUACCUGUACCACCUCCUAGGGUCCCGACUCCAAUGCCUUCGGCCAAUAACAAUCAGCAAAGAAACAAUGCGAACGUCGACGUAGGCCCGCCUGUUUUAGUACAAGCAGCACAAGCACAAAAAAAGGAGUCCCAUGAAAACAUCGCACGAAUAGCAAAGCGGUAUCUCGACGAUAACAUGCAGCAGGCGUGGAUCAAUCCUCGGUUAAUAUCAAUGAUAAACGUGGAGACAGUAACUUCAACGAAUUACGACUCCUCGAAUCUCAGUAGGGACUUCAAUCAGGUCGGCUUCAACACUUACAAUUAUUCCCAGUUCGAGGAGAAGUAUAAGCCACGGCAGAUCUUCAAAUACGGAGACGAGUAUCUCGAGUACGGGCGCAAUUCCGUUCGGCUCGAUUCAAAUGCUGAGAGAUCAACGGCAAGAUUAACCAGUAGAUAUCAGCAGGACGGGUUGACUAAGUUCGAGCAAAGAUAUUCAAGGAGUCAUUCGCAGACUGAGAGACAGCAGUACGCUUAUCAUGAAACGCGAUCCAAAUCACAGGAUUCGCGAGAGUUGACAUUCUAUCAUAUCGAUCCACCACCGAAAUUGGAGAAUCUUCAACAACAGCAACUUCAGCAACAGCAACAACAACAACAACACCAACAACAAUCACAGCAACAAUCACAACAGCAGCAGCAGCAACAACAACAACAACAACAACAACAACAACAACAACAACAACAACAACAACAACAACAACAACAACAACAACAACAACAACAACAACAACAACAACAACAACAACAACAACAACAACAACAGCCAAAUAAAUCUUAUCGAUCUAGCACUGACAAAUCAGGUGGUUCAAAUAAAAAAGAAUUAACUUUUUACAAGAUCGACGGACCUAACACAAACUUGGCUUCAACGCAGGACAAGUGUAAAGAUAAAUCUGAUAAAAAAGAUAGGAAUCAGGAGAAAUCACAGAAUUCAAAACACGUUAAACAAAAUCAUCAUCAUCAUCAUCAUCUGGAACAGAAGAACAAUCCGGCAAUACCACCAAAUUAUCAAUUGAACAGAUCUCAAUCUGAUUUGACCGAAUGCCAAUUACCGGAUUACUAUAGGCAUCAGAAUAAUCCUUACAUUGAUCCACCCAAGUAUCGUCAAUACGACAGACCUCCGAAGUAUCAAGAAACACCACCAAAGUCAGAACCACCACCAAAAUAUCAUGCUGAACCACCGAAAUAUUCGGAAAUUGUUAGACGUCAGGAUGAUUCGAGAAGAACGCAGCAAGAGGAGAGGACGACAAGACGUCAGGGUGCCGGAUUAGGAGGAGCAGGAGGAGGAAUAGGAGGAACAACAGUAGGAGGAGUAGCAGGGGGAGGGAGUGGUGGUAUAGGUGUAAGUGUUGGUGUGUGUUUAGGGGUAGGAGGUGGAGGAGGAGGAGGAGGAGGAGGAUGUAGUGCAGGGAGCACAAGUUGCGGCGGCUUGUGCUGUAGUAGCGGCUGCGGUGUCGUAGGAGGGGGAGGCGGAGGGAGGGGAGGCUCCACUCAUGGCGCCGAGACGCCCUCUAAUCUAGCCAGUAUCACGCCGACCGCGCGAGAAGCAAUACGUUUGCCUUAUCAUCAACCAGCACAACAGCAACAACAGCAACAACAACAACAACAACAACAACAACAGAUUAGAUCGGGUUGCAGUGGCAGUGUUAUUUUAAACAGUGGUGUUCCAUGUGCCGGUGGUUGUUGUAUACGAGCGAUAAAUAUAAGAGUGCCGUGGAGUCCUUGCUGA